AUGCAGUCCCCUCACCUCUUCCUCUUCCUCCCUCUCCUCCUCCCAGGGAUGUGGGCAGACUCAGAGGCAGAGCUGAAGGUUUUACGGGUGCUCCAGACCAGCCUCUUCACCAACAGCAGCUCUGCUGAGGUGUAUGGGCUGGCUCUGCUGAGGGACAUACCCAUCUACACAAUGGACCGUGUCAACUGGACGCUGUCCGUGCAGCAGCCCUGGGCCCAGCGGGCCGCUGCGGAGGGGGACGCCGUGAAGAUUGCUGCCCACUACAAAACAGCUCUGCGCAACAUGAUCCGCUACAUGCACGACACGGCCCAGGACAUGGCAAUGGAGUACCCAUUUGUGAUCCAGAUCCACGCAGGCUGUGUGGUGUACCCCAACGAGACAGCCUCGGGCUUUAUGGAUGUUGGAGCGGAUGGCAGAGGCUUAGUAGCUUUCAAGGCAGAAAGACGGCGCUGGGAGGCCCAGCAGCUCUCCCCACUAGCACAGUAUAUCAGCAAGUCCCUCAACAGAAACAAGUCUGUCAUGGAGCUCCUGGAGCAUCUCCUCACCAUCCUCUGCCAGAGCCACGUCCUCACCCUGUACAGGUAUGGGAAAGCUGAUCUGGAGAGACAAGAGCCCCCCGUGGCCGCAGUCUUUGCCCGCACAGCCAGCCCGGCCCAGCUCCUGCUGGUUUGCCGUGUCACCGGCUUCUACCCACGGCCCAUCAGUGUGGCCUGGCUGCAGGACGGCCAGGAGGUGCCCCCGGGCCCGGCGCUCAACACCAGCAGCAUCCUGCCCAAUGCCGACCUCACCUACCAGCUGCGCAGCUGCCUGGCCGUGCGCCCCCGGGAUGGGCACAGCUACGCCUGCCGCGUCAGCCACCGCAGCCUGGGCACCCGCAGCCUCCUCAUCCCAUGGGAGAACCACAGCCCAGUUCCGACCGUGGGCAUUGCUGCGGCAGUGCUGUUCAUUGUGGCCAUAGCCUCUGCUGGGGGCAUUUGGUGGUGGAAGUGUAGGUGA